GAGCCGAAUUCGAGACAGAGGGGGAGCGUAGGGCGAGCGAGAGAGUAAAAGUUUGUAUCACUUUCUAAUACAGUAGCACUCUUGCACAGAGCCCGUUGUUAGCAGGGAAACAAGAAGAUGGCGCGGCACCGUUGUGGUGCCACGUCUUGCUGUACAAGGAGAAAAAGGACCGUUUUAAACCUUAGGUCGAUGUGUAUCUUUAUGUCAUACGUUUAUCUUUUUGGUCCAUCUGCUGAAGCCGGACUAUAUACGUCGUCCGAUCAGAUUGUCCUUUUAAACGCGGGCAACUUGGACUCCGUGUUAUUCAACUCUACGUCUGCUUUGGUGGUCGAGUUUUACGCGUCUUGGUGCGGACAUUGUAUGGCGUUUGCUCCCGUAUGGAAAAGUUUGGCGAGAGAUGUCAGAGAGUGGAAGCCUGCUGUGGACCUGGCAGCCAUAGACUGUGCAGAUGAGGGGAACAGGAUGACCUGCUCCAGCUUUGGGAUCAGGGGGUACCCCACUGUCAAGUUCUUCCAUGCUUACACAAAAAGUGGCUCCAAGGGACAGCCUUUCAAAGUGUCUUCACACGACGUCAGGACACUCCGACGUCAGAUCAUUGAUAUGAUGGAAACACACGAAGAGUCCUGGCCACCCGCCUGUCCCCCUCUUGAGACUGCCAGCAAAGCAGAGAUUGACAACUUCUUUGAAACAAAUAGUGUGGAGUACCUGGCACUGGUGUUUGAGAGAAUAAACUCAUAUGUGGGCAGAGAGGUGACGCUAGACUUACUUCAGUACGAGAACAUCGCGGUGAGGAGGGUGCUGAGCACAGAAGAUGGUCUAGUUUCCAAAAUGGGUGUGACGGAGUUCCCGUCGUGCUACCUGUACUAUCCCAACGGGAACUUCAGUCGUCUCAAUGUGCAAAUUGAAGCUCGCACCUUCUACUCCUACGCCCUCCAGAGGCUACCUGGGGUAGUGCGUGCAGGCAAACCACAACCUGUGGUCCCUGAUGUCGUUGACAACACCACAGGACAACAGUGGUUGCCAUUCAACCGGUCCUGUGUGUACAUGUCUGACCUGGAGUCCGCCCUGCAUUACUCGCUGCGUUCCGAGCUGGCGGCCCACCCCACCAUCAGAGGCAAGGCCUUGACCGAUCUGAAACGCUACGUCUCAGUGCUGGUAAAGUACUUCCCUGGCCGGCCGGUGGUGAAGAACCUGCUGCAGUCUGUGGAGGCCUGGCUGCUGGGGCUGGAGGACACUGAGCUCUCUUACAGCUCUCUGCACAGUGUGCUGGAGAACACCGCCGAGAUUCCUAAUGCUGUCCUGCCAGAGGGUGUGCGGUGGGUGGGCUGCCAGGGGUCACAGCCACAUUUCAGGGGGUACCCCUGCUCCAUGUGGACCCUCUUCCAUGUCCUGACUGUACAGGCCAUGAAAACACGUGGUUCAGGCCCGCAGGAGGUGCUCCAGGCCAUGAGGGGCUACGUGCGCAGCUUCUUCGGCUGCCGGGAGUGCGCCUCGCACUUCGAGAACAUGGCCGAGGAGAGCAUGGACAGCGUGAGGACGCUGUCGGCCGCCACGCUGUGGCUCUGGUCCCGCCACAACCGGGUCAACAACAGGCUGGCAGGUGCUCUGAGUGAAGACCCCCUCUUUCCCAAGAUCCAGUGGCCUCCCCCAGAGCUGUGUCCCAGCUGCCACGGAGUGAAGCUCAGUGGGGAGCACACCUGGAAGCAGGAGCGGGUGCUCGCCUUCCUCAGGGAGCACUUCUCCUCCGACGGCAUCCAGCUCGACUACCUGGAAGAGGAGGCCAAGCUGCUGAGCAAGCAGGGGGAGAAGCUGGCCUCCCUGAGGAAGGAGCAGGAUGCCGGGGGGCAGGGUGAGAGGAAGGACGGAGAUGGGGAGGCCCAGGAUACCGCGGCGGAGGGAGAGGAGGGCGCGCAGGAGGAGCCGGCAGCAGAGGGGGAGGAGGAGGUGGAAGAUCCAGCGGAGGAGGAGAUGGACGAGCUGCAGGCGGCGGAUGAGGGCAGGGCCACGGAGCCGCCACCCUGGGACAGGCCGGAGACAGAGCCUUCCCGCCACAGCAAGCCCAGCAUCGUGGGGCUGAAGCUGAGGGAGCCGUCGCGCGAGGACAUCGUGGACCUGGACUCCUUCGUCAACCAGCACUACAAAGUCAAGGCCCUGCGGGAGGCCAGCCGCAUCAAGAGGAGGAGCCUGCAGAGGAAGGAGGAGCUGGAGCUGCAGCCCGUGGAGCCGCACGGCUUUGCCGGGGAGGAGGAGUGGCUGCGGAAGAGGGGGCUCUCGGAGGAGGACGGGGAGGGGGGGAUGGGGAUGGGCAUGGCGCUGGACAUGGACCUGCCGCCCUACAGGAAGCGCUGGAUCUCCCUGCUGAGCGUGGGCUUCUCGCGCGUGGACAUCAGCCUGUGCGUGCUGCUCUACCUGCUGUCCUCCAUGUGCCUCCUGGGCAUGUACCUGUACUUCAAGAUGCGCCUUAGGCUGCGGCGUGCCAAGGUGGCUCUGCCCUGAACCGGAUAUCCUUUUGUAUUCUUGGUUAAGGUACUUAACCCACAAUUGCCUCAGUAAAUAUCCAGCUGUAUAAAUGGGUAAUAUGUAAAAAAU